AUGACCUCUAUCGAUGCUGAUCAAAAACAUACCCAUCAAAUAGGUGACGCUUUCCGCAAGGUUCAUGAUUUAGUCAAUAUACCGUUGUCUGAGGAUGUCCCUAUCAUUCAAGCUGCAAAUUUUUCGGUUCUUUAUCAGUCUGCAUUUGCUGGUUCUUAUGAAGAUGCUAUGGUUUAUGCUGAGCUUCAAGAUCUGUAUAACCAGGGUCAAGAGUAUGCAAUAAUGCUUUAUACUUGGCGAUCUAUUUCACGCGCGCUACCGCACUCGAGCAAUCAGUUUUGUCACUCACCGAAUGGGUUGAAUUUAUCAACUAGCAAUGAAUAUACCUCUCUGACUGCUGAUCUCGCUUGGCACACUAACAUCGCAGUCACGAGAACAAGUGAGCGCUCUGUCGCCGAGAACCGUGAGCUUUAUGAUCUGGCGCUUCGUGGGCUGCAGUGUCUCUCCUCCUGGUCUGUGCAAGUUCUGGACACUUUCACAUGGAAGCUCGCCCAUUGUGCAGACGAGCACACAAACCGCGAGUGUCCCAAAGAUGCUGAAAACUACGAACGCGGUACUCGAUACAACUAUACCUCAGAGGAGCGUUGUGCUCUUAUCCGACUUAUCACAAUGAUAAAGUCAGUUCAGACGCAGUUGCUGCGCCUCGAAACCAAUUACUCAGAGGCAAUUCGUCGAUCUGCGGUUGUUGACGCGGUGGAGGCGGAUCUUCUGAUGACUGGUUCCAGCAACAGCGUUGGUAAGUCUGGCUGGGGAGGGCGAUCAGUGUCGGCAAAGGCCUCGGCACAAAACAGCCUCACCUCGGGUUCAAAUUCGACGUUGGCUAAGGCGGCUGAGUCGAUGGUCGGAACCCCCAUUCGUCGUGUGGGUCCCUCUUCCACGCAACUCUACUUGGUUCGCACCAUGCUUGAGCUGAUGAUUGACCAAGCCUCGCCAGCUGCAAAGUACCACUCACUGAGGAAGGAACUUGAUAGCAAUACAAUGGCCGCAAUUGAAACCUUCCUAAAAAACAGCUUCUACUGGCCCUAUCUUCUCAACUUUAGCGGUGAGAUGGAAACGCUCGUUAAGUGCUGCGACCUCUCUCAGCUUUGGUAUCGUGAAUUUUUCCUGGAGAUCGCCAACGGGAAGCGCAUCCAGUUUCCCAUCGAGAUGAGCCUUCCCUGGAUCCUAACCGACCACAUUUUAGAGACACGCGAUCCUGCAUUGAUGGAGUCUCUGCUCUAUCCUCUGGAUCUCUACAAUGACGCCGCUGAUUGUGCAUUGAACCGCUUCCACAGACGCUUCUUCUUCGAUGAAAUUGAGGCCGAAGCAAAUCUUGUGUUUGAUCAGCUUGUCUACAAGUUGUCCGACCAGCUGUUCAGAUAUUACAAGCAAUAUGCUGCCUCUAUCUUGCUUGAUAAGAAGUUCCGGCUGGAAGCUCAAAGGGCUGGCUGGCGAGAGCCCUAUCCUCAACCAAAUAGAUACGCUGCUGCCCUGAUUCGCCAACGCAGUGUUCAGUUACUGGGGCGUUCUAUUGAUCUGUCCUACCUUUUGUCGCAGAGAAUAAAUAGGGCUAUUGCGAAAUCACUGGAAGAGGCCAUCCAACGCUUCCUAUGCUCUGAUAUAACUGCGGUUGUAGAACUGGAAGCCUUAAUAGAGUGCAAUCGCUUGUGUCAUCGAAUGCUCGCCGAACAUCUGGAGCUGGAUGACUUUGAUGGCAUGUUGCAGGAGGCGAACAAUCUCGUCACAUCACCACUCAGCAAGAUCGCCUUCCAUGUAUUUUGGGAGGUUACGUGGGAUUUGGUUAAGAACUACUGUUACAACGGCUCCACCAACAGGUUUGUCCAGACAAAGUUUGCUCUAGCCGAGACACUCGAGCGUGAGAAACCCUCGCUCUGUGCGCCCGAGUACUUGUGGGGCAGCAAGAGUCUCAACUCCUGCUAUGAAGCUAUUUUUCAGCUCUCUCGGGGUUUCAUCGGUGCCCCACACUUCUCGGCCAUCUGCAGGCUCCUCGGCUACCAGGGCAUCUUUAUCAUCUUUACCGAAAUCAUGAAGUUCUGCAAAUCUCUUGUAAACCAGACGAUAAAGGAGUACGUUCGCCGCAUCGCGAGUAUGAUGCCCAAGUCGGUGUCUUUGCCCAGUCCCACGGCCAACUCAGACAGCCAGUAUGGGCUCUAUGCCAACGCUCUGCAACGCGUCUAUCAAUACUCCGAUCUACGGACCAACGUGUGCCAAAACUUCCGCGAGUUCGGCAAUAUCAUCAUUUUCUGUCUACAAAUGGAGAAGCGCCUUACCACUGAGGAUCUUGGUGAUCUCAAGCAUGCUGAUGCUUUCAUCAGAAAACCAGCCAGUAGUACAGGCGAAAGACCCAUUUCGGAUCCGAAAAUGCGGGAUUCGUCAAAUCAAAUUGACGGCCUGAAUAUUUACAAAGUCGCCUCGGCUGUGGGUUCAUCUGAGCUUGCCGAGCUGGCUGAUGGGAACGAAGUUCUUACCCGGGAACGUUUAUGCUGUGGACUGGUGCUCUUUGAACAGCUUCUCAACCGUAUUCGGGAAUUUCUAAACGAGGAGGAACCGCAGACAGGUGCAGCGAACGGGACGGCACGUCAGAUGCCGCGCAAUGUGUGGUAUGGCAGUGAGGCCUCUGGCACCACGGCGGACACAGACGAGCUCAUCGAGAUUGAGGGCUGUACCCAAUUCCACCGUGUCUGGUCUGCCAUCCAGUUUGUUUUCAGUACGCCCUUUGGGGAGAACGAGUACACCGUGGAGGAGAUGUUCGGAGAGGGACUUAACUGGGCUGGGUGCACUCUUAUCACUCUGCUGGGCCAGCAGAGACGCUUCGAGAUGCUCGACUUCGGAGCUCAUUUCGUCAAACUCCAGAGGAGUGACAAGUUGGACACCUGCAAAGAUGGCGUGAGCGGAAGAUCGAGCGAACGUGCGCCACUUUCCGCCGCCACAGUGGCCACGUACCUUUUGAGAGAAUGGGUGGAUGUGCGAGUGCGCCUGCAUGGCAAAACCGCCGCCUUUUCACCUUUCCCCUCCUCUACACUUGUUCUCCUCAUCCCCCCUCCUAUCCCAAUGUGCACACGAAUGCUCCGUGUCAUUGCCGUCGUUCCCUCCUUGGCCAAGAUAAAAAUCGGCUACUACAAGCGCGCCCGGCUGGGCGGACGGCUGGGUGACUCAUGUUCAGGCAGUGUGCGUCAACAUGGUGGCAUCCACAUGCGCACUCAUCGUACGUCAUUGGUUACUCAUGCUGUGUAUCGCUGUCGAGACCGUGUUGAAAAGGUGGUGGGUUGGGGCCUCAUCUAG